AUGGCAACGAGCAAGAUUUCUGAAAGUUGUGUGAUUAUUUGUCUUCUUGGUUUAACCAGUGUGAUCCAUGUCAGCAACUCAGGUAUUGCAGGAACUGAGCACGAGGGUUUCGGCGGCGCAAACGUCACAUCAAGCGCCUUGUAUCUCCAAGGUCGUGGGUUUGAUCCGCGUCAAUACUCCACCAACAGACUCCAGCUCUACUCCACUCCACUCCACUCUAUACAAUUCCACUCACGAAUUUUAAAUAACAAGUCAGAACAUUCUUAACGCAUGCAGUGAUAAGGGGCAGCCCGCAACCAUGUGGCAGCUGAGAACUGAGCUGAAUUACGGACGCAGCUCAAACUGAUCGAGUCCGAAUUCUCGAAGACGUAUUUAAAAGGGCGCCUCUGAAUGCCAUCGUAUGCCUCGUGUCUGAUCAGAGCACAGCUACAGUGGAAGGGUUGAGCCGCAACCUUCGUUAUUCCGCUCUCAACUGCAAAGAAGGCACCCCCUAUACCUCGAGCUCAACCUUGCACCACAAUGAAAUUUCUGUAUUUACGUUUUAAACAUGAAAUGCAUGUAACAGGAAUAUGAAUACCCGUUAGUGAAUGAAUGAAGGAAGGAAUGAACGGAACCAUCCUGAACUGAUGCGCUUUUGUGUGAACUUAUUCUUAAAAUAAUAAUACCAACAUUGUGUUAUUUAGAAUGUAUAUCUCCACUUGGUAUGGAAGAUGGCAGAAUUAAAGACUCACAGAUCACAGUUUCUAGUUUUCAUAGAACAGCAUAUGGCGGACAGGCUCGUCUACGCCAAAAUAUACCAGACUGGGGAGCUUGGUGUGUAGAUGUGAGUGGAGGGGAAAAAACUAAGAAGACUUACGACCAGUAUAUUCAGAUUGAUUUGUUAAAUCUGACAAACAUCACAAGAAUUGCAACACAAGGACGAGAAUAUAAUGGAGGAACAGAAUGGGUUAAGGACUAUAAAAUUCAAUAUAGAAAAGAUGAUGGAGUAUGGCAUUUUUACCAAGGAAAAGAUCAAGAUGUGAAGGUAAAUUUGAUAAAGAUGUUUCAUGGAUAGAAAUGUUGCAUGAAAUAUAUACAUACACAUCGUUGUGACCUUAUUGUGGAAUCCUCUGAACCUCAAAUUUCAGAUGCUAAGAGGUUUGUCUACAUGUUGCUUAUUUUAGUCUGUGAAUAAACACAACAAACAUGGAUCAUCUAUCUGGACAAACUUUAUACUUACGCAAAAAAAGAUAGUUCAUCUCAUAAUUUGUUUGGAUAGCUUGUUUAGUAUUUUGCACUAAGACAAAUGAUGCAUCUUGAUUGCUGAUUCAAGUGUUAGAAAUACCUACUCUUUUUCAGAUAUUUCCUGGUAAUACCAAUGUAUUCACUGUCGUGCCACAUGACCUAGACCCUACAAUUAUGGCAAGGUAUAUCAGGGUUUAUCCAGGUUAUAAUACGGGUGCCAAUGCUUGUAUGAGGCUUGAACUAUAUGGUUGUGUGCCUGAAGAAGGUUUGUGGUAAUUUUGUUUUCUUUUAUUCACCAAUGUUAUACCGUGUAUAAAGUAUAUGCUGUAUGUUUACUGAUACAGUAUAUUUCUUUACUUUAGCACUCUUUUACUAUUCUAGGUAUUCUCUCCUACUCAAUGCCAGUUGGGCAAACAACCAGGAAUGGCAAAGUGGACUACAAAGACACAUCUUAUAAUGGAGUAAUUACCAAUGACUUUUACAAAGAUGGCACUGGAAUACUUACAGAUGGCAAGUUUGGUCCUGCUAACUCGAAAGAAGUUAGAGGCAAAGGAUGGGUGGGAUGGAAUGCUACUUUUACUCAAUCACAAUAUAUCGACAUCACAUUUGAGUUUUCUGGUGUGCGAAAGUUCACAAGUGUUACGCUAUUUAUGAAUGUUGACAAGAAACGUGAUAAUGCUGUAUGUAAUCGAUCACAGAUAUUCUUCCCUUCAACCAAAGAUGGUUUCUCAGACACAUCAUUUCUUCAGUGCUAUCCAAGAGAUUUUCAAGCCAAAAAUGAUUCAUACAAUGCAAAUGUAACUUUGUCACUUUGUGAAAAUACAGCAAGGUUUGUGAAGUUGCGGUUAUAUUUUGGUGGAAAGUGGUUGCUAAUCUCUGAGAUCAGUUUUAAUUCAGGUAUUUUGGCUCGCUAAUUGUAUCUUGAAUUUGAGGCUGACAAUGUGAUCCAAUAUUGAUAUAAAUUAUAAAUAAGUCAUUACCAGACUCCAGCUUGUACCAUUGUCUCGUGUGCAUUCAGGCAAAUCCGGGGCAUGUUUCUAGAAAUCUUGUCUGGAUCAACGAAAGUAAUAUUUUCUAUAGUUUUGAAGUAAAUGAAUUUACAGAUGUAUCCAAACCAAAACAACGGGUUAUAUUUUAACCCAGGGUUAGCGCAAACCCAGCUUUGAACAUCCGGCUCUGGAAUUGCAACUUUGUGAACUGAGCCAAUUUGAAUAUAUAUAUAAUUCUAGUAUAAAACUCCUGUCCUGAUCUUACUGUUAUUUUUUAGUUCCUGUCAGUGAAAAUGAGAAGAAGUCAUUUCAGAAUUGUCCAGGCAAAACAUCUCAUUCUGGUCCGGCUGUAACUCUACCUACAACACAAAUUAAUGCCACAGCAAGUCCUGACAGUCCAACAAUGACCAUCCCUCAACUGACAAAUACCAAACCAAAACCUGGAUAUGAUAGCGGUAAGUAGUUUGAGAUGUUGGGUUGAUUUUUAACGACUUUCAGGGUUUGAAAUUAACAGGUGUCAUGUAAACAAAUGUAACCAGAUUUUUACCUGGCGACCAGAUAUUUGUCAAAGGUAGCCCUCGUAGCAACUGAGGAAAAACUUAAUAAAGUAAUUCUUUUAAAGCUUGAUAAUAUUUCAGUGAUCCAGUAUUUCAUUCUGCUUUUGCACAUACUGUAAUUUGCCUGCAUUUGCCCCUAUAUAUACAAAAAUAGAUUUAUUCGAACAGUCUGUGCCAGUGGUUAGUGCCAAUAAUAUUACUAUCCCGAAUUGACGAGACAAGAAUUGGAGUUAGGAUUAAGAUUAUGUGAAGCCUAAUGAGAGGAGCUAGAGUAUGUCAUCAUAAUCUAUAACGUUCUCUUAUUUUAUCACAAAUUUUAACAGAAACAGAAAAUUCAAUUGCAAUGUUCGUGGGUAUUGCUGUAACUCUUGCCAUCGUGCUUAUCGUCUUAUUUGUAAUUCUGAUAAUAUACAAAAGACGUCACCAGACCUCGAAGUCACCGAUUUCUGUGGACAGAGUUGGAAUAGAAAAUCAAGCGGCAGAAAUUGAAACAGAAUCAUCGUCAAAUAAUAAUCAGGUAUCUUGUCAUAACUUGAAUUGUUUAGUUCAUAAAAAAAACAGGCCUGCUCUGGAUCUUUAAUCUCAUUAUCUCACAGCGAGUUGUGGCGAGUUGGAGGCGUCUAACAAGCCCAGAAUAAGCUUGAAAACACGGUUAAGACACGUCACUAGUUUACCUUUCUUCGUAGAAAACUCAAGUCUAGUAAGGAAAUGUAAACUGGAGUAAAUGGGCUUAAAACUCUAGACAUUAUUUCCUGCGUUUUUAAAACAAUAUUGUUAAUACAGGGAUUAGAUCAUGCUGAUCCAACUAGUGGCAGAACAGCACCAUACGAAGAAAUUGAAAUCAUCUCACCACCUUCAGUUUACGAAGUGCUUAGCAGAAACAGCCCAGACGGAAGGGAAACGACAAAUUCUGAUCGUAGCUCUGGUUAUGUUAUUCCAGCUAAUGGCAGAACAGCACCAUACAGUGUAGUCCAAAUCAUCUCACCCCCUUCUGUUCACGAAAUGUUUAACAGAAACCGACCAGACGGAAGGGAAUUGGAAACAGCAAAUUCUGAUCGUAGCUCGGCUUAUGUUAUUCCAGCUAAUGGCAGAACAGCACCAUACAGUGUAGUCCAAAUCGUCUCACCACCUUUUGUUCACGACGAGCGUAACAGCAGCCAAUCGGACGGAAGGGAAACAGCAAAUUCUGAUUGUAGUUCGGGUUACGAAAAAGUCCAAAUCUCGUCACUGUCAGGCUACACCGAGCUUGAUAGAAACCGAGCAGACGAGACAAAUGCGCGCACCUACCAGAAAUUGUUAAAACGCGACUCAGAUUAUGUGAUACCAGCUCAUGCAGGAGAAAUAAAAACGACUCCUGGCUACACGGAGCUGGACAACACGAAACGAGUACAGGAUGAUAGCGCUUCUUACCAAAAAUUGAUAAAGAAGUAAAAGGAUGUCUUUGGACGGCAGUUUACAGUUAAAAUUUAAACCAAUUGUCAGCUAUUUGUAAGGUAUUUUGUUAGAUGACAGUGUCAAAUAACACAAAUUGUUUUGUUAUUUCAGUGUUGACUAGUAGCAGUCAAGAUAUUUUUGACACGUCAUUUCCAAAUUGUUAACACUUUCCCAGCUGAUACCAGAUUAUUGCGAUGUAGUUUGGGAUAAUUUUAAUAAUAGGUUUUAUUAUUGUACAAUUGUGAUAAGGUUAUAAAAUCGAUCUGCACGCGAAUAGCACAGACGAGAUUUUCCGAAGUUAAAACAGUUGGAUUAGCCUUUCUCAUGACCAAGGCCAAAAUUCGCCAUUUUGGGGGUAUUUUUUUGAGAACGACGUAAAAAAUCUAAGCGAUGUGAAAACAUUUUUUUCAAAUAUGUAACUGUAAAUUAAUGAUUACUCACAAUUAUAGUUAUACAAAUCCCUUAAUGUCCGUAAUUAUUCACUGCGUAUACAAUCUUAGAUUUGGAAAAGGCAGUACCCAAAAAAGGCGGCGUGAGAAAUUAAGGCUAAUUAGGUUGAACUUGAAGAACAGAGAAAGUUACACAAGGCUAAACUCGCGCAGAAACUUCAAAACGAGAAGAUGAAGGAUGUGAACAAUACUUUAAUUCGCCACAGAAAUGGACGUAAUUACCAAUCAAUUGGUAUAACACCAAGCACAAAAACGAUUAAGCUCCCAAAGCCUAAAAUUGAAAAUGUUUGAAACAUACUGUACUGUACUGUACUCUAUUCUAAAGCAAAUUUAUGGAACACCCUGUCCCUGGCUGACGCAUAUCUAUCGGCUGACGAUAUUAAAGUAUUAUUUGAAAAUUGUUUUAACUUAUUAGGUAUAUAACUCUUAGGUAUAAUGUUAAUACUUAAUUUAAUAAUUCUAUUUAUUUUAAUGUGGUAUAAUAUUUACUCCUAGAUAUAGAUCUUAACACUUGCAAUCAGUUCAGUUGUUGGAAUGAUAUAGUAUAGCAUAUAAAAAUAGUAUAUUAAAAGUACUAUAUAAUAGCUUGUGAUUAGAUCAUGAUAUAUUUUACUGCUUGUAAUCCUUAUGUAAAUACAGCUUCUAUUCUAGCUAUAUUCUAUUUUAUUAAAUUCUAAUAAAAUUUAAAAUAGUUUAUUUUGAUAUAUCAUGACUGCAAAAAUCCGGAAUUCGUAAAAACCGUUCGAUUAAAAACGCGAGGAAAAAUAAAUUUUAAAAAAUCAGGGCGAUGAAAAUGAACUCUGAACUGCGAUUCCGCGAGUCGGCAGAUUACAGUCGAACCACGGCUCGUUAUUGUUCAACGACCUCUUGGAAAACAGAUAUGUGUAGAUUCUAAAGGGUUAUCGUUGUAAAAUAUUUUUAAAUAAAUAAAUAAAUUCAUAAAAAAUUUCGUGAAUGUUGAUUGGUUAGUACUUCCGUAGUACGCCAAAAAGUUGACUUGCGACGAACUUUUUAUUUUGAUACGCGAAUACACCCGGAAGUACGUGGAUUUAUAAACCUCUUUUCAAUCAGCGCAUGCUCACCAGUACGUUUCGGCACGAUACGGGCGAAGUGGAAAACCGGCUUAAGACCCCGUUCACAUGCCGCACGUAUAUCAUGCAUGUGGCAAACCUCAUGUAAACGACCCCAGACUCAUUGUUUCAGCUGCAGCUUGAUAUAGGGAUACAACCUUCGCUCGACACCUCAAAGUUCUUCUAUUUUUCACGUAGUUUUAUCCCUAUCAAUCCUUAUAUCACCGUUCGAGAUUAUAUCAAGGUCCCAGCCCAUUUUCAUAAUUAGGCUUAUAUAUAUAGCACAUGAAGAGUUUGACGUUUGAACUCUUUGUUUGUACUUGAAACUAGCUAUGGUGUAAUUUCCGCGACGUUCAAAAGACAAAGACUCCGUUCAACCGAUAUUGUUUGUUGUUUUUCGCUAUACACUUCAUUUACAUAAUAAUUGUUUAGUGAUACUGUAUUGGCUGCGACUUAUGUAAUGGCUGCGCGAAACCGAACAAAUUAAACUCCGAAUAAAGCUCUACACCCAUUCUUCUGCGUCGCAGACUUCGGCAUCAUGGGCGCAAAAAAGGGGCCACGAACUACUUCGUAGCCUAGCUGCAGUAUACCACACCGUACACACCAGAAAAUAUUUAAUACUGGUAGGCUGACAGAAGCGAACAAGUAGUUUAGUUUAUUCCUACAGGACAGCAAACGGUGAUCAACUCAGACUGUUGACACUUUCAGGAGAAAAAAGUUAAACUACAUCCAUCAAUUUUAUAUUCCUUCCAACAGAUAAGAAUUAACAUUAUUUUCUCACUCUGAUAACAAUAGGGUGAGGCCACAUUACGUGAUAGAGAAACAGAUACAUAAUUGGUUACGCCAUAUUCGGACUACAGAGUACCUCUGUAAACCUCGGUAGGUUUGAAUUGUUCUGAUAAAGGUCUGCACAUACAGAUAAAAAACUUUGUAUGUUGUUAGUUAUAUGUGCAAGUUUGGGCUCCAUUUUAAAGCAUAAUUCUUUUUUGUUCAGAUUCUAGAUGGCAACGAGCAGGAUUUCUGAAAGUUGUGUGUUUGGUUUGUCUUCUUGGUUUAAUAACCAGUAUACCAUAUGCAUGCAACACCAAUCAACAACUCGGCAGGUAUUGUGGGAGAGCACAGGAUUUCACUGCACAGGAUGAAGCGCGGCAAGCGUCUUGCGUCUCUGAGGUCGUAGGUUUAAUUGUUGCUACGGACUCAUCACUCAUGACAUUCAUGUUCGACACAAUUCCACUCACGUGAGUUUUCAAGAAGUCAGAACAUUCCAAAUUAACACAGUGAUCAGGGGGCAGAUCGUAAACCGUAUGGCAAAGUAAAUAGGGGGUGUGCCUGUCAUCCUUACUUGCAGCUGAGAACUGGGCUGAAUUACGGACGCAGCUCAAACUGAUCGAAUUCUCGAAGACGUAUCAAGGGCGCCUCAGACUGCCAUCGUAUGACUCGUAUCUGACCACAGAGCUACAGUUGAAGGGUUGAGCUGCGAACUUCGUUAUUCAGCUCUCAACUGCAAAGAAAGAUUUUUAGCACCCUCUAUACCUCGAGCUCAUGCACCACAAUAAGAUGUCUGUAUUUACGUUUUAAACAUGAAAUGCAUGUAACAGUAAUAUGAAUAUCCGUGAAUGAGUGGAACGAUCCUGAACUGAUCCGCUUUUGUGUCAACGUAUUCUUAAAAUAAUAAUACCAACAUUGUGUCAUUUAAAUGUAUAUCACCACUUGGUAUGGCAGAUGGCAGAUGGCAGAAUUAAAGACUCACAGAUCACAGUUUCUAGUUUUCAUAGAAUAGCAUAUGGCGGACACGCUCAUCUACACAAGAAUACAGCCAGGGGAGCAUGCAUGGUUGCCAGUGGAGGGUCAAUGACUAAAAGAAAUUACAAACGGUAUAUGCAGAUUAAUUUGUUAAGUCUGACAAACAUCACAGGAAUUCUGUAUAAAUAGUGACUAAAUUGUGUUGUGUUUUGAUAUUGUUAUAGUUGCUGCCAGUGGAAAUGAAAAGACGACGUCUCUUCAACAUUGUUCAGGAGAUACUUAUGGUGUCACUCGAUCGUCCACAACUGGUAAGUUUUCAAAUAUUUCUACUGUUUAUAGUAACGAUGGUUGGAAGUUUAUCGCGGCAGCCGUGGCAAUUGCCGUAGUUCGAGAAGAAAAUGUCGUGGAUCACUGGACAACGACGGCAGUCUCUUGCCGUAGUGCAAGUUUUCAGGGAUUUGGUAUUAAUAGUAUAGUCUGUCGAGUCAUAUCAGAAUUUCUUCCUUCCAUGCCUGGUGUCAGCUAUUACUCCAGCGAAUGUUGUAGGCCUUAUGAUAUUUUUUCUUGAGAUUGUACUCGUGAUGUAAAUGUAUAGGUUUACUGAUCUUCUUACAAGCAGAAAACUCUGCCCGCCGCGGCUGGGUUUUGAACCCGCGACCUUCGAAUUACUAGAUCGACGCUCUACCAACUAAGCUACACGGUCAGGACGGAUCGAAGACUGGAAGUUAUGAACUAUAUACUGAGUGUCAUAAACAUACUCGUUUACAUUAAUUCAGCAUCGAACAAUACUAGUUCUGCGAGAGUGAUAUUAGGCCUAUGUUGUGUUAUUGUUUCAAGUCUUCAAUCCGUCCUGACCGUGAAGCUCAGUUGGUAGAACAUGGAUUUAGUAAUUCGAAGGUGGCGGGUUCGAAGCCCAGCCGCGGCAGGCAGUUUUCUGCUUGCGCGCUGUCUGGAAUUUAUGAUAUAUCUCACUCGAGAACAUUUUAUACAUACAUAUAGAUACAUUUCAUUUCAUCGCUACACAGUGUUUAACGUACAUAUAUGUGCCUGGCCACGGUGGAAACCUGUGCGACCUUUGGAAUACUAGCCCAAUGCUCUGCCAUGCAACUGGGCUAGUAUUCCAAAGAUCGUAGGUUCGAUUCCCACCGUGGCCAGGCAUAUUUUUCAAGCCUGCCCGGUGUGGAUACACACUCAUCACACAUGAGUAACAUCACACACAUCAUAUUCACCUGAGUAAAAUAACACCAACAAAAAAAAUGGAAAAAGAAAGCAAUACUUAAGUUACCCAAUUGUUCAAGUCACGGAUAGCUACAAUAGGCACGCGACGGUGAAGGACCAUAUUUCUGAAUAAACCUAAACAAAAACAUAGAUGACAAGUUAUAUAACUUAUAUUUUUGUUAAAAUCUUCUGGAUUAGAGAGGGUUAACAUUAGAAUUAGGGUUAAGAUUGUAUAUAAACUUAAUUUAAAUAAGGAGCUCUCUAUUACGUAAUUAAUCCAUAACGUUCUCUUAUUUUGUCAUAAAUUUAAAUUUAAUAGAAACAACAAAUUCAAUCGUGAUCUUCUUCAUGGGUGCGGGCGCAACUCUUGCCAUCGUACUUAUUGUCUUAUUUGUAAUUCUGAUAAUAGCAAAAGACGUCGCUAGGCUUCGAAGUUAUCGAUUUCUGUGAACACAAUUGAAAUAGAAAAUCAAGCAGCAGAGGAAGAAACAGAAUCAUCGGCAAAUCAUAAUCAGGUAUCUUGACAUGGAAUUGAGUUGCUUAGUUCAUAACAAAACAAGCCUGCUCUGGAUUUCUAAUCGCAUUACCUCACAGCGAAUUGGAGUGAGUAACAAGCCCAGAAUAAGCUUGAAAACACGGUUAAUUAAGACACCAGUUUCCCUUUCUUCCCAAAAAAACUAGCAGUGAAAUGAGUAUAACUUCCGUAACAAAGACAUCCAUGCCCAUUACUGUAAAUGGAAAGGAGGAAAUAAAAUACAAUUUCCUGAGGAACAAACAACACUCUAAAUUUUGGAAUUGAUUCAACUCGUUGAAAUUUACGGUGAAGAAGUUUGAAGCAGGCAAGCUUUUACUAACUUCUAGACGCAGCGCAUUCGUUCGUUCGCAACGUCAAAGUUCUUGUUAUAUAGGCCUAUAUUUUUUCAGGUCAUUUGAUUUUGUAAUUCCGUAAAUAAUGAAAUAUAAUACUUCCUGUAAUGUCCUCUCUUGGCACUAACAGGACAGAAGCCGUUAUGUAUUUAACUUGGCACUAACACAGUAUAGGAAAAGUACAGUAGGGCCACUCAGCAUAAAAAAGUGUCUACAUUGUUUAUACUGGCUGCCAACCUAAUUUACAUAUUGGCAGCCAGUAAACGGCAGCAGUCCACUAUAAAAUUGUACUACAGAAUAAUGAUUUUGGCCACGUAAGACACCUGGAACCUAGCUUAAAUAAUUGCCACUUUUCUCUCCCCUAAGUGGCCCUACUACAAAAACGCUCUUGUCCAAUCCUAUGACCCCGAGGACGCUCGAUCAUGGAAAACAAUUUGUACUUCAUGUAACGUUGCUCGCAACAUGUCAAGACGGCUAACUUGUUGUUUUUAACACAUUUUUAGCCUAGUUUUUAUAAUCUUUGGACCCGCAGUAAUUGGCUGACGCUGUUGCGGUGCUCCUGCCAAAUUUAGACAUCAUAUGUUGUAAUUUCUGUUAUGUUAUGUUAUGUAAUUUAUAUAUAGUAAUUUUGUAUUUUUUUGUUGGCGAAGCUAAUAAAACUAAAACUAAAACCAAAAACUGUGGCACUAACAGGACAUGUUAUUUAGUAUUUAGUUAUUUUAUUUAUUUAUUUAGUAUACAAUUACAGGCAUUUUAUAGAUUGUCAUUAACAUCAAAAUGUUGUGACGAAUAUACAGGAACAAAUGAGAAAAUUAGGAGUCAAGUGUUCAAAACCUAAAAUCUUUUUGGCGUUCUUCUUAAUAUUACUUUGUUCUAGCUGUAUUUUAGCUUUAUAAUUUCUAUUUCACACAGUUCUAGAAACCUUUUUGAAUGUAUCUGGAGGUCGAGAAACACAAAAUAAUAGUUAAAUAUUGUCAAUUUAAAUACAAUUAUCAUUGAUGCUGUAAAAUUGACGCCAUAUUUAGAGUCUUUAUACAUGGCAAUAUAAGCAAACUUACUGAACAUCAGCAUCAUUUUCUCUUUGGGGUACCAUCUAAAAUCUCUUCAUUUUAGCAUUGUUUUAUAGAUAAAGAUUAAAGCACUAAACAUACUUUUUUAAAUUAAGAUUUAAGUUUCGGUUUGCCGCUUGAGAAACAUAGCUAUAGAUUUCCAUGUUUGCAAUAUGUUUCCAAACAUUUAUUUUCCAUCAUAGAACAUGGAAAUCUAUAUGUUUUCGUGAUUUGUCUUGUUCAAAUUCGUGCAGUUGUUAGUUUUGAAGGACAUUGACAAUAAAAAAUUAGUUUGUCUCAUUCAAAAGAACUUUAAAAUUACAUAUUAAACUUUAUUACCGAUUUGUCAUAUCUUGCUUAGUUCUCGAAAUAUUUAGACCGAAAUUAAUGAGCUGAACGUCAUCUUGGACUAAUUCUUGACCUCAUUAACUAUGGAUUUGAUGACGUCAGGAGUUGGGUUAACCAUACUGAUAAAACUACUCUAAAAUGACCGGGUAACAAUUCAAAAUUGUUUCAAGUGUUUUUAAUCAUUUCUAAAUUUCAGACUGCAACCAGAAACGAAGUUUUGAACCCAUAUUGAUCGCUUAUUCUCAAGAUAAAAAUUAGCGUGACCCCUCUCUUGACGUAUACAUGCAUAUCCUCAAUAAUUCAAGAUGGCGAACAGCCCACUUUUUUCAGUCGAAAUAUUAUGAAAACUAAGCAAGAUUUAAAAAAUCUGUAACAGAGUUUUAAGAGUUUUUUUAAAUGAACUAAACUAAAUUUUUAUUGCCAGUGUUCUUUAAUGUUUAUUGUUUAAGUUAUGUGCAUAAAACCACAUCUCUCAAUUCUAUUUGCCAUCAAGCAGACCUGCCAAGUCUCACGAUUUAAUCGUGAGACUCACGAUUUUUUAUGCUUUCUCACGAUCUCUCGUGAAAUCUCACGAUUUUCGGAACUUAUGAAAUCAUCGAAGAGCGCAACAUCUAGUUACAAUAAGGCACACUCUUCCAAGGAAACAUCACACUUUAUUAGUGUAUUAAUAAUGCGCAAUGUACAACGCCAGAAUUUUGUAUGCGUGAUGUUUGUGUUACAAAGUAAAAGGCGUGUCCUCCUAAGUUUAUUGUCCUGCUAGUCAUAAUUUUCUUGUUUUUGUACAGUGGAAGCUACUAAACCUAUAAAGAAAAAACAGCCUAUUUUUAAUAAGCCUUGCAUUUACGGUUAUAUUAACAAAAUAUAAAUGCAUACUAUCAUAAAAUUGUAAAUCUUAUGAUUAUUUUCUAGUCAACCUCGUCCCCAGGGCCUUUGUGCUGACGACGAGGUUGUUUUCUAGUGUAAUUGUUAAAGUUAACCUUGCAUGGUCAUAUUAAUGAGCAAACCUGAAAAUUUCUCUCACGGUUUUUCAGUCUCACGAUUUUUCAGUCAAUCUCACGAUGUUUUAGACGGCAACUCACUAUUUCUGCUAUACUCAAGGGUUGGCAGGUCUGCAUCAAGUAUAAGACUACAAUGUGUAAUGAAAAGAAUUAAUAUUAUAUUUUGUCACCCUGAUGAAAAAUCAUGUAUAUACGUUUCUCUGCAGACGUUUAUUAUUUAACAAAUACAAAAAAUUUUCCGUGUUGAUGUACAGUUAUAUCAACAGGAGUGGAAAUUGGGAAAACGAGAAAUUGUGUAUAAUGUCUUACCUUUCAAGUUAAAUACAACAUUUUGCGCUUUCUUCGUUUUCUGGGACGAUUUUUUUCAAUAUUUUGUCGAUUUUGAAACCAAAUUUGCCGAAUCAUUCUUUUUGAAAAGCAUUAUUUACUAGUCUGCUAGUAAAUAAUGCCUCAGAUUUACUAGUCAACUAGCCAAUCAGAACGCGCGAAAGCUCAUUUGAUAUGGAAAAUUUAUACUAAAAAUACAUAUAUAUUAAAGUGCAUAGGCCUAUGUCAUAAUUUGUGUAAUUUAUUAUUUGUAAUCAUUGGUAUAUUUUAUGAAGAAAUACAAUACAUCUUUAAUCCUAUGAACAUGGUAUAUUUUCUUACAAAGAUAUAUUGCAUUUCUUCAUAAAAUGCACCAAAAAUAAAAAAAAUAUUUAAGAUCCUAAAUCAUGACAUAGGCACUUUAAACACUGUACAGCAACAAAGAAUGUUUCUACGAUUCUAUUUGAAAAGUCUGCGAGAAAGUCUCAUUAAAAUGACUUGAAACCAUAACUUGAAAAUUGACGUGACGCUUCCCAAAAACCCCGCCAAAAAUGAGAAAUAAAAUCAGGGCUGGUCGCACGUAUAUAUCAUGUGGUAAACUUUCCGUGUUAAAAUGACUUAUUUACCUUAAACUCAUUAAUUGUUUCCGCCCAUGUUCAUGAAGAGUUUCAGGACGUUCCUACUCUAAAGGCUGCAUGCUCACGCACGGAAGAGUUUCUUUUUAAAUGUUGCUUAUGAAAUAACUGAAUGAAUAAAAGAAAAGCAUAUAGUUUUGUGAAUGAUUUAAUGUGCAUUUGUGUCAGGUAAUUCAUACUAGUGUUAAAUUUAAAAAGAUUUAAUUUUUCCGUGCGUGUAGGCACUUAUGAAAACUACGCGUGACUCGAGAGCAGUCUUUAGUUUAUACUUGAAACUAUAGUCCGGUAUUGUCGCCGGUGUAAAUUUCAAGAAGUUGAAUCCACUCCAAAAAUGUUAUUCUGUCACUGCAUGUUUUUGGUGAGAGAAUUGGAGUUGAUUCAAAUUCUCGAAAUUUAUAGUGUAGCAAAUGAAGUGGCUUAUUUGACAAUAUUAUUUCUCGCUUUCUUUUCGCCACACUUCAUUUGCAUGAUAAGUUUCCUUAUUAUUUGGCGAUUGAAAACAUGCACUUUGUGUUUAGGUAUAGCCUUGGUUUUUUGGUUUAAAUCGUUUUGGCUUUCAUUCAAGUUAUAAGAAAACGGAAAAAAUAAAACUACCAGAAUAAAAAUAUUGCCAAAGGCUUAUUGGCAAUGUUUUGUGUGUUUUGGCGGAAGUAGUAGGCGGUUUUGACAUGUAAUUGCCAAUUGACGAUUUUUAUUUAACCAUGCAUGCAAAAGUGAACAGUUAGUUUAUUCCUGCAGAACAGCAUGCAGAUGGUGAUCGAUCAGACUGUUGACAUUUUAGGAGAAAAAGUUCACAUUUAUCAAUUCUAUAUACCUUCUAUAACCGAAAAAGAAUUAACAUUAUUUUCAUACUCUGAUAACUAUAUAUAGGGUGACCAUACUACGAGAUAGAGAAUAUAUAUAUAUAUAUAUAUAUAUAUAUAUAUUUCUAUAAUUGGUUACGCCAUAUUGACUAGAGGACCUCGGUAGGUUUGCAUUGCGCUAAUGAAGAUCUGGGCUGACAGAUCAAAAACUUUGGUAUGUUCUUAUUUAUUAUUAAAAGUUUGGGCUCCAUUUUAAAGCAUAAUUCUUUUGUUCAAAUUCUAGAUGGUAAUGAGCAAAAUUUCUGAAAGUUGUAUGUUCAUUUGUCUUCUUGGUUUAACCAGUGUGACCUAUGUAACACUCGGCGACUCAGGUAUUUCAUGCAGGAAAGCACGGGAUUUCGGUGGCGCAAUCGUCAGAUCAAGCUCCUUGCAUCUCUGAGGUCGUGGAUUCGAUCUUCAUGACAUUUAUGUGAAAAGAGUCAGUCUAGGCUCUUAUUAGUUAGCGUUAUUCUGUAUUUUAUUAAAAUACUCAGUGUUUCCUGGAAUUACUGAAGAUAAGUCAGAUAAGGGUACACUGAUGUAAGCAGAUCGAUUUGUGGUUCAUUCUCUCCUGUGCUUCGAGGGUUUUUCUCCAGAACCUGUGGUUUUUCUACUCACCAAAAACUAUAACCCUUCCAUCAUAACUGUGCGUGAUCAGACAUGUGUCGUAUAGUCUCGACCAACAUGUCUUUACAUGAGAAAAGGACUAUUUUGCUCUAUGGUGUUUAGUUUAAAUACAGUUUCAAAUUAAAAAAAUGAAAUUUCUUUAGUUCCAUUUGAAACAUGAAAUGUAUGUAACAAUAAUAUACGAAUACCCGUGAAUGAGUGGAACACGCUCGUCUGUGAACGUAUUCUUAAAAUACUAAACUGCGUUAUUUAGAAUGUAAAUCUCCACUUGGUAUGGCAAAUGGCAGAAUUAAAGACUCGCAAAUCACAGUUUCUAGUUUUCUUAGAACAGCAUAUGGUAGACAGGCUCGUCUACACCAAAAUAUCGAAAUGUGGGGAGCAUGGUGUGCAGAUGUGAGUGGAGGUAAAAUACGUGAAAAGAAUUACGACCAGUAUAUCGAGAUUGAUUUGUUAAAUCUGACAAAAAUCACAAGAAUUGCAACACAAGGACGAGAAUGUAAUGGAGGAAGAGAAUGGGCUAAGGACUAUAAACUAUCAUACAGAAAAGAUGGUGGAGUAUGGCAUUUUUACCAAGGAAAAGAUCAAACUGACAAGGUAAAUUUGAUAAAAAUGUUUCAUGGAUAGAAAUUUUGCAUGAAACUUACACCUACUUAUAUCUUUGGGACCUUAUUAUGUGAUCCUCUGAACCUAAAAGUUUAGCGUAGGAUGCUAAGAUGUUUGUCUACAUGUUGCUCAUAUUAGUUUGUGAAUAAACACAGCAAGCAUAUUAAAAAUGUCUACUCUGUUUCAGAUAUUUCGUGGAAACAACAAUGUAUUCGCUGUUGUACGACAUGAUCUAGACCCUACAAUUAUGGCAAGGUACAUCAGGGUUCAUCCAGGUUAUUAUACGGAUGACAAUGCAUGUACGAGGCUUGAGCUAUAUGGUUGUGUGGUUGAACAAAAUAAAACAGGUCAGUGGGUUAACCACAAUCUUUGUCCAUGUCUCUUGCUUUGCCAUUAUAGUACAAUGCGUCCAUAUGGCCGGCUUUUUCUAUUGUUGUUUUAAUUUUUUCUCCGUUUAACGUCAGAAGAUUUUACUCAUCAAGGGUUGAAAGUGCAUAUUGGGAAUUAUAAAAUAGCAAACUUAAAUUAUUCGAAUUAGUUUUAACUAUACAGGUAUAUUAACUAUGUUUUAACUCAUCUUUAUUAGCACUAAUGAAGAUCGGGGCUUUCAGAUUGAAAGCGCCAAUGAAUAAACGUAUUGGUUCCACUAACCAAUGAAAAUAUUAUACUAUCGUCAUGCGAAUAUGUACAAAGAAAAUCUCUACUAUACUUCUGCUUAUAAAUCUUUUAAUGUCAGUUGUACAGAUUACCAAGAGUGCAACUGGAAUACGUACAGAUAGCAGUACACGUUUACACACUUAUACCACAAUUUAUGCCGAAACAAAAGCUGGACGUGAAGGCAAGUAUAUGAAUGUCAUGGUGGGUUGCAUACAAUGGUGUGACCAUUUGACCUCUGUGACUGGGGUUCAAUUCCUGAAAUAUGCAGCUGUCUGAUUAUAAGUUCACCUCAGUCAUAUGUGAGAAUUAAGAGUGCUUCCAGUUUGACUCUACCAAACUGACUGCAGGUUUUUUCCAGAUGAUAUAGUUUCCUCCUGUAGUAACCAUAUGAGAUGAGGGAGAUUCUUACUGCAUGGACUUUUAGAUAGGACAGUUUAGAACUGAUAGAGCAAUCCAGUAUAAAUAAAGUUAGUUUAGUUUAGGUCAGUCGUUUGUAGUAACACUAGAUGAAUAAGAGAUAGUAUUUAUGUUCUCUUAUUUUCCCAUUAAAUUUAAUUAUUAGAGAACUCAACAAAUUCAAUUGCAAUGUUCUUCGCGGGAGUUGCGGUAACCUUAGCCAUUGUACUUAUUGUCUUACAUGUAAUUCUACUAUACAAAAGACGACACCAGGCUUCGAAGUCAUCAAGCAGCGUUAUUGCAGUAGACACAGUUGAAAUGCAAAAUGAAACGGCACCAGAGUCAUCGCAGAAUAAUCAGGUAAGUGUUUCUAAGUUUCCUGCAGGCAUAUUGUUCAUAAUUGACAUAAUUGGUGGCUAGCUCAAAAGGAUUGCUCUGGGGCUUAACACGCAAUAUACGACUAACUUUAUUUAUACUGGAUAGCUCUAUCAGUUUUAAACCGUAGGUCCAUGCAGUAAUUAAAGGUCAUCCCAAUCGCUAUGUUUACUUACCUUACAUUGAGCUACGAAUUUUCGCCCGAUUCGGCUCGCUCUUGCAUCAGAACUUUCACAUCCAUCUUACCUCGGCACUUCCUUUGUCAUUGAGGUCCUUUUCCACGCUUCUCUUCCACACACUCAUUUGCGAUCGUCGGACGUUUGUCAUCCUACAUCCUCAUGGUAAGACCAAGCUAAGUCAGGCUUCUUUUUUUGUUAAUACAGGAACCAGAUUAUAGUCCAGCAGAUGAUGAAACAGAACCGUACGAAGAAGUCCAAAUCUCGCCACCUUCUGUUUACGCCGAGCUUGACAGAAACCGACAAGACGAAGCAAUAAAUGAUGGUGCCUACCAGAAAUUGUUAAAACGCGACUCAGAUUAUGUAAUACCUGCUCAUACUGAAGCAGAGUCAUCAUACGAAGAAAUUGGAAAGAUAAGAACACCCCCUGGCUACACAGAGCUGGACAACACGAAACGAGUACAGGAUGAUAGCGCUGAUUACCAAAAAUUGAUAAAGAAAUGA